AUGGAUUGGCAAAGAGCAAUAAAGCUAGGGCUUAGGAACAUUCAAGCAAGAUGGGAUGUUUUUCCGAUUAGGAGGGGAGUGGAGGAGGUGGGGGAUGAGAGGAUCUUCGAUAUCAAGCUUGACAAUGUUAUAUUUGAUGCAAGGAAGAUACAUGCAAACUGCCCAAGGUUUGAUCGGAAGAAGGGAGGUUUAGAGGCAAAGGUGAAUAUGCAGGUAAAUCCUAGGGCGAAGUUGUCAGAGUAUCCAGACAAGGGUGUUUUGACGGACGUUGGUACUGUUUUCAGAAAUGGUAGCAAUUUUUUUGCCAACGUUAUUGCUAAUAAGGGGAGGAUCAUUUCAGAAGAACAUGGAAAGAAUUAUGUAUAUGAACUGAGAUAUGUUUCGAACAAAUAG